UGCAGUUGAUUUCUGUUCAUCGAGCUAUUCGGUUAUCUGCACAUUUUUCAAGAGAUUUCCUCCGAGUCGGCCGUAUAGUCGCAAAUCUGAGAUACAUUUGAGUCGGUCUGCCGAGCCGACGCGCCCAGCGGUUUCUCUAGUGUUGCGUCCUGAAUCCCAGUGGAACAUGGCAAUUUGUUGUGCUUAAUUAGGCAAAGGAGUAGAAAGGGGCGGGAGGAGAGCCGGCCCGUUAACGCUGUCAAAUUUAUAGCCUUCCAGUUAUACACUGAAUUCAAGGAUGCGUGAAUACAAGAUUGUUGUUUUGGGAAGCGGAGGUGUAGGAAAAUCUGCCUUAACGGUACAGUUUGUACAGGGCAUUUUUGUAGAGAAAUAUGAUCCAACUAUUGAAGACAGCUAUCGUAAACAAGUAGAGGUUGAUGGACAACAAUGUAUGUUGGAAAUUCUGGAUACUGCUGGCACUGAACAAUUUACAGCAAUGAGAGAUUUAUAUAUGAAGAAUGGGCAAGGAUUUGUUUUGGUUUACUCCAUCACAGCUCAGUCUACUUUUAAUGAUCUGCAAGAUCUGCGGGAACAGAUAUUACGGGUCAAGGAUACGGAUGAUGUGCCCAUGGUACUAGUUGGCAACAAGUGUGAUUUGGAAGAUGAGCGAGUGGUUGGUAAAGACCAGGGAGUGAAUCUUGCCCGACAGUUCAACUGUGCCUUCAUGGAGACUUCAGCGAAAGCCAAGAUCAAUGUUAAUGAUAUAUUUUACGACCUAGUGCGACAAAUCAACAAGAAGUCCCCAGAAAAGAAACAAAAGCAGAAAAAGAAGAGUGUUUGUGUGCUUCUCUAAGAAUCUCUUGUGAACUGUUAUGAACUAAGUGGCACUGCAUUCGGCUGGGGGUGUGGCUGGGAAGGAGCGCAGUGCAGCCUGUAACAUGGUAUGUGUGGUACCCAAAUUCUGUCUGUAAAGGGAACCAAAGUUAGGGGUGAUAAUGACUUACAGAGUGCACAAAGAAGCAUUUACUGCUAGCAUUCUAUUAAGGGUGUCUGCUACCUUCCUUAGGGUACUUUGUUUCAUUUUAUUAAUACAAUUUUAACUUGUCUCUGUCCUUUAAAUUGCACAUCACUGUCUGUUUCAUGUAAAUUUUAAUAUUGGUUUUAUUGUACCACCUCAAUUUUAUUGUCAUUCUCAUUGGAUAGUCAGUUUGGAGAAGAGAAUUUUGAUUACUAACGGCGCACUAGUGUCUUCCAAGUGUUGGGUGCCAGGUUAGGUUGUGACAACAGCAGCUUCCGUGUUGCUAUGUUGUCCAUCUGCCUAUUUCCCUUGAACCAUGCAUGUUAAACUGCCAAGUUCUUUGUACAUUUGUGCAGAAAUAUGUUGUAAUUAAUAUGGCGACACAGUAUUGUUUCCUACCCUUAUCUGAUGUGUAGAAACUGUUCAUAAGUAGUACUUGUUUCUAUCAAGACUUAAUGAUGAGUGUCAAAAGUUAAUUAUUGCAUAUAUAAAUAGAAAUAUAUAUAAAUAAAUAUAUUACCUGUUUUUUUUCUUUCUUUGGAGUGUCAUAUUGAUUGUUAAAAGGUAUAUGUAAUAUAACUGGUUGCUCAUCCAGUUGGCUCUUUAGAGCUGCUACUUGGUCUUCUUUUUACAAUGAAAUGUUAAACGUAAACAUUGUGCACUAGGCAGUUCAUCAUAAGGGAAUCAGACCGUACUGUUCGAUUGCCUUGUGUGACAAUUUUGAGGCUUGCGUUUUAUUUUUGUCCACCAUGGAAGUGUUCUGAUUUAAAUUUUAGUUAACUGAAAGAAUUUGUUGGAAGUUGGAAGGUACAUUUUGAUGUGGUGUGACACUGAUAGUGUGAUUGUGUCCCUCUAAUUAAGUUGUCAUUCUGGGAUACUUCAAAUUUUACAUGCCCCUCUCUUUAUCUCUAUUUUAACCAUUGAUAGAGCUUGAGGUCCUGUAGCAACAGUUGUCAUGAAUUUUCCUGUAUGUUCUGGGGGUUAAAGGACUUGUCAGAUUACUUCCAUGUUAACUAAUUAUAUUAGUUUUUGAAGUCCAGGAGCAAUGCUAUUUUAAGUACAUGAUUGGACUCCAGCACAUUGGCAAAAUUUUCUUGUGAGAAUUUUGAUGAAUCAAUUAGUUUUCUACCUUCCUCAUGCUGACAAUUUUUUUCCCCUUUUUUGAACUUUUUUUUCUUGUUGCUAAGGUCUUUGUUAAUAGGUGUCAGCUAAGAAAUAUCAGUCAGAGAAAAAGCAUUUGAAGUAGAGAUGAAAUUUUGAUGUGAGAUUACAUAUCAGUGUCACUCAAUGUCUCUGCUGCUUCAAUUUAAAUAAUUGUUUUUAUGAUGUGCUUUGUGGUAUUAGAACUUAAUAGACCUUUUCUGACCUUCAAAAGUAAAUUAAAAAUCCUGUACCUGUCUUGUGUAGGGUAAAAUACUUUCCACUGAGCUCUCUCCGCAAAUUUUCCUGAAGAAUUUUUAGUUUAAGCUCCAUUUUGUAAUGUUACUUCCUUACCCUUUGUGAAAUGACUGUGUGUGUGUGUCUUCCGUAGGGUCUGUCAAUGGAUUUGACAGAAUGCCAAUUUCAUUCUCUAAGGUAAUUUGUUAAGUUGAAAGGGUAGGAAAUGAAAUCGGCAUUCUAAUUUCACAAAGUGAUAAGGAAUCCAUGUGCCUUACCUUGCAUGAUGUGAAGCCUCACUUUAAUGAACAGGGGAAACAUCAGAUGACCUAAGGAUUGUGACCUUUUCACUCCAUCUGUGCAUGAAGGUGGUCAUGAGGGAAGCAUUCAGAAGCAAGCACUGUUGCUUAAAUUGUUACAAUUUUAUUUUGUGGCAUUGUACAGUACCUAGUAGAAGUCCACAAUAAGUUACUUUUUAUCACUUACUUUUGCUUGUUAAAUUUUCACUCGAUAUAAAUUUCUUGUUAAGACGCAUGUAAACUAUCUAAUGAAAUCCUAUAGUUUUCCACUUUUAUGUUGAGUCGGUGCUGUAUUGUGGUUGUGCAUUCGGCAUGAUUUAGCACAAAGGUCCUGCUUGUAUAGAAUCGUCUGGUGUACACUCAGUGUCGAAUUAGGUAAUGUCCCGACUACCUGUCGACUCUGUUCUUGAUAAAGCUCUUGAUUAGUUAAGAGUUGAAUCUGAAGAACAAUCAACUUAUUAUGUUGUGAGAAAGAUUAAAAAUGUUACAAACUUAAGCCUA